UCUGCUCCUAGUGGAGAACGCGUUGAAAAUAGUUGGGAAAAUAAGAGGAAAAGGAAGAUAACUCUCACUGAUUCUGUUUCUGUUGUUUGAAAAAUGUGUCUACGCUGAGGAGAAAAUCAAUCGAUUCGCGGAUUCGAUCCGACGCGGAAUUCAGUGCGUUCUGUGUUUUCCGUACUUCCGGUUGGCCUACUUGGAUGUGGUAGAUAAAGUUUGAGUUUUUUUUCCCCCUUUCCUGAGUCAAUGCAGAAGCAGUGAGCUAUGGGAACCGCGGAGUAACGUCCGAUUAUAGUUGAUGUGUUGUGUUCGGAUCGGUUGAACCGCCGGGAGUCGGUUAGUGUGUUUCACGGAGGUUAGUGAAAAGAAGCGCGGCGAGGGUCCUUGACUCGACAACGAACGGCAGCAGCCACAGAAGAGAGUUUCUGACGCAGUGCAAAGAGGAAAACGAGGAAAAACGGCAUCGUCGUCGUCAUUGGAGUGGAUGCUGUACCUCCAUAGCUACAUGUGACGAGGGGUGAGCGAGGAAAGAGGAUGAGCAGGGGGCAUACGAAAAACGACACUCGCAUAUAUGAUGAGGGAAAAUGGAAAAUGCAUUUUAGGAUCGAAUCCCGACAGCCGAAGCAGUAGCAGCAGCAGUAGCAGCAGCAGCAACGUCCGCAGACUGGUGGAAACGGAACAAGACGGAAGUGAGAUGAAGGGGAUUGUGUUGUGUGUGUAGAUGUUGUGUCAUUUUGUGAAUGAAAAUCGAUAUUGCUGUGGUGUGUCGUUUUGCCUCUAUAGAGAAGCACUGGCAAUCGGUGGAGCCUACUGAGCGGCUAGUGAGGGUUCCGCGUAGAGAUUGUGUUUUUUUCUGCUGGUCCUCAGGAAACCGAAGUGGUCCCAUGUACCGGGUGUUGAAAAAUAAUGCAAUUUGAGGCAAACUUUAGUUGGACCCAAGUGGCGAAUCGCGAACAGUAGCUGCACUGGAAGAGCAAAAGCGUGCCAAGAGUAUACAAACAGGCGUAAAAGUUAGUGUGUAUUCUGUGGACCGGAACCGACGACCUGCCACCUCUGCCUAGUGAGUUUUGUGUCGCGUAAAUAAUUCGCCGUUUCCCUCAAUUUUCCCAGCUCGGUUUUCGUGAUGUUUUGCUGAGGUCCGUGUGCAUUAUUGAUGGUAGCGUUUCCGUUUUUCGCGUCCGCGUAAAAUUACUGUAGCGUUCUUCUCAAAAAAAAAGCCUACAUACACGUGUAUGUGGCUAGCAGUCUAGUGGAAGGAGUGUGACCCCGUUUCCAAAGCAGUCAGAACGACCGCAGUGGCGUCCCUAGAGGGACGACCGACCGAUCGAAAGAAGCCAGAUUGUUUGAAUCUUUAAUCCCAAUCUCGAUUGGCUAGCAGGAAACGAAGCUACAAAGUCUCUCCAUCGAAUCAAGUGUUUAGUUUUGUGAUUGUGUUUCAUCCGAGAAAAUAAUAGCAACCCGCGAGAUGGCGCUGCAAACUGAUUUAUCUGCGCCGCACUCCGUCGGUCUACGAGAAAAUGUAAAGUUAUGAUGCAGUGUUCUUUUAGCAUAAACAAAACAAAAUCUUUGCCUAACCUAAAAAAACUACUUGACUACACAGAAAACACUCGCACUCUGUCCCCUGCACCUGUCCAAAAAUAAAUACUAAAUAAAACUGACUGACAACAAACAAUAAAACCUAAACAGUGAAGCACCACCACUUUCAGAGCCUACUACUAUUCACCACUCUAUCUCUUCACCAACCUCCAGUUUGGAAAAAAAAAGUCAAAGCAAUCUGUCAAAAUCACCGUUAUUCUCACGUCUAUCUCACAAAAUAAAACUUACAAUAACACAACAGAAAAAAAACCCCUUCUAAACAAACCGCUGCUAAUCGAAAUCCAGUAAAAGCAAGUUUAACGAAAUGAUUAAUCAAAAAAUCUAGUUACUACUAUCGUAAUUAUAACCGUUACUAAAGUUGUUCGUUUAAACAAAGCCUCUAGUUAAAAAUCGUUAAACAAUUCUAAUCUCUAAAUCCAUAACAAUAACAAACCCGAAACGCCAAAAAUAAGUAUCGAAAAAUAAUACACACCAAUCAAACUACGCAGACCGAGCGGAUCCGGGCUGCUGCCUCGACGACCACACCACGAGGGCGUCAAUCUUAUGACCAUCGAAAACGAGAGCAACAACAACCACAACUACAACUGCCAACACUCGCACUAGACAACAACAACAACAGCUCCGGGAAGCCACCGCCAGCAUGGAGUUGGUCACGACGACCGCCACGUUGAUGUUGCUGUUGACGCUGGUGGCACUGAUGUUGCUACUGCCGUCGUGCCACGCCACCGCCACGGCCACGGCCGUCGUCGGUUACGGUGUGGUGGGAACGGGAGGAACCGGAACCGGAACCGUGGCCGGGGCCGGGCUGAGUCUGGUGUACCGGCUCGGGGCCCUGGCCGGACGGAUGCUGAUGCUGAUGCCACCGUCCAUUCUGGUGCUCGGAAUCGGGUGGAUGUGGAUGCCGCUGCAAGUUGUCAAUGCCGGCUACCACGAGAAGCGCCUACUGCACCACCUGCUCGAUGCCUACAACGUUCUGGAGCGACCGGUGGUCAACGAGUCGGAUCCACUGCAGCUCAGCUUCGGGCUGACGCUGAUGCAGAUCAUCGAUGUGGACGAGAAGAACCAACUUCUGAUCACCAACAUUUGGCUGAAAUUGGAAUGGAACGACAUGAAUGUGCGAUGGAAUUCUUCCGAGUACGGCGGUGUGCGGGAUCUACGGAUACCGCCGCAUCGGCUGUGGAAACCCGACGUGCUGAUGUACAACAGCGCCGACGAAGGCUUCGACGGGACCUACCCAACGAACGUGGUCGUCCGGAACAAUGGAUCCUGCCUGUAUGUGCCGCCCGGUAUCUUCAAGUCCACCUGCAAGAUCGACAUCACCUGGUUCCCGUUCGACGACCAGCGGUGCGAGAUGAAGUUCGGCUCGUGGACGUAUGACGGUUUUCAGCUCGAUCUGCAGCUACAGGACGAGUCGGGCGGCGAUAUCAGCAGUUUCAUAACGAACGGCGAAUGGGAACUGUUGGGUGUCCCCGGCAAGCGGAACGAAAUCUACUACAACUGCUGCCCGGAACCGUACAUCGACAUCACGUUCGCCAUCCUGAUCCGGCGGAAGACGCUCUACUACUUCUUCAACCUGAUCGUCCCCUGCGUGCUGAUUGCGUCGAUGGCCCUGCUCGGGUUCACACUGCCACCGGACUCCGGCGAGAAGCUGUCGCUCGGAGUCACCAUUCUGCUGUCACUUACUGUCUUCCUUAACAUGGUGGCGGAAACCAUGCCGGCCACUUCGGAUGCUGUGCCUCUGCUAGGAACCUAUUUCAAUUGUAUCAUGUUCAUGGUGGCCUCAUCGGUGGUUUCCACGAUUCUGAUUCUAAACUACCAUCACCGGAAUGCCGAUACGCACGUGAUGUCCGAAUGGAUUCGAGUGGUGUUUUUGAGCUGGCUACCGUGCAUUCUUCGAAUGAGCCGACCUGGCGAACCGUUUCCCCAUCCCUGUCGGCAGUCUGUGGACGAGAAGAACAAGCAACUGCAGGAGGUUGAAAUGCGAGAGAGAUCUUCCAAGUCCCUUCUGGCCAACGUACUGGACAUUGACGAUGACUUCCGGUGCAAUCAUCGAUGCAGCACGCUGCCGCACAAUCCAACCUACUACCGGACGAUGUAUCGGCAAGGAGACGCGGAUGGCAGUGUCGGUCCACUCGGAGGCGGUGGCGCAACGGAUACCAUCGGACGGAAUGCCGGCCUAGGGACGAUCAGUGCUGCCAGCGGCGUUGGUGGUCGCCUGCACGAAACCGUUUCAUCGCACACCUGUCUAAGUUCCUCGGCCGAGUACGAACUAGCACUGAUACUGAAGGAGCUGCGAUACAUCACCGAUACGCUUCGCAAAGAGGACGAAAGUAGCGACGUCACUCGUGAUUGGAAGUUUGCCGCAAUGGUGGUCGAUCGUUUGUGCCUUAUCAUCUUCACGCUAUUUACGAUCAUCGCAACGCUGUCUGUCUUAUUCUCGGCGCCGAAUUUCCUCGUAUCAUAACAACCAUCGCCAUCAUCGCUAUCAUCGACAACAACUGCGGCGGCGGCGGCGGCAGCGGCUGCAGCAACGGCAACAACAACACCGGCAACUACGAUUGUUAAUUCUUUCGAGACCCCAACGGCUACUGUGACGACCUAUAGCAACCGUCACGAUGACGACGGCCCUAACAGCGAUAGUAGUAGUAGUAGUAGUAUCAAAAUCGUUCAAUUCCUCAAUCCGGGUGAUUCUGCCGCGGCCGCUGCCGUUGGCGAUGAUCCGGCCUCGUGGAUUCUCCUCGGUGGAACCCUGGCGAUGGUGGUACUGAUUGCGGCUCUGGCCUCGCUCGCCCUCCUGCUGGCGGCCCUGGUCCUGUUGGGCUACCACGGGACUUUCACUCAAUUAUUCGCGGUGACUGAUUACAAGUUAAGAAAAUAUGUUCACAUUUUCAUAAAGAAUUUUAAAUUGAUUAACGAUGCGUAGGACACAUAUGAAAGAAGAACUCGAAGAGCGAUAGAUUUCUUUCGACGAUGUAAUUGUAGUGCGUAGUGGACAAUAGAGCGAAAACCGAACGCAUAGCGAGAGGCUGGUUUUAACCGAUUGAUAUAAAAACAAUACUCACUCUCACACUCUUCUAGCGUCGGCAUCAUCACUUAUAGAAACUUUUUUAGAGUUUUCCUUUUUUAUAUAACUGAUCAACAUAUAGAGAAAACAUUGAACUUUUAUCUUUCUAAGAUAAGUUGACGUCAGAAAUUGAAGAAAAAAAAUGACAGUGUAUACCAAUAAAAACAAAAACAAAACAGAAAAAACGGAACGAGAAAGAAAUCGUGUGUGUAGUAAAGUUACUUAAAUUCAAUCCGGUUUCUAUUUACACGUUGUACAUAACUGAUAGAUUUUAUUAGACUUCAUCCGAGGAACUGUCAACAAAACAGUUGUACAUAAUUUUAAAACCCGCAUUCCUCAUUCAAAUCAUAGCAAACACUUGUUUUGGUUUGUGUUUACAUUCCCUCCGCAUCAUAACUGCAACCAAAGUAGGCACCGAACCUUUUCUAAUCAACUUUCAUUGAAAAAGAAAAGAAAUAAUAGAAAAAAAAUCAAAACAAAACAGCAGCUCUACUCUACUUACCUUGCAAUAAUUAACAAAUCUAGCAAAACAAAACUAUAUAACCUUUAAACAAACACACUCACACACACACACAUGUAACUUUUGAGAUAGUUAUCAACAACAAAACGGAAAACAAGAGUCGCAGCAAACUUAUUGAAAACAUUAGCUAACAAAAAAAAGAAGUAAAUCAGAAGAUUACUGAAAACUCAACUCAUAUAUUAAAGGAACGUUUUAUACUUGAGUAAGUUGAGGCAGAAAGAAUUUUUUUUAUACUUAGUCAAAAGGGGGCAAAUCAAACGGGAGAAAGUGAUUAGUUAAAUCCAAAUUGUGUACAUUGUUGAAGAGUCGAUAAUCGGCACCGCAGUAGCGAAUGACAACAAAAACAAAAACAAAUCAGAAGGAAAAUCAUGACAGCUCCUGCCGUCAGCAAUAGUAAACUAAACAAGAAUACGAAACUGCAAAUCAGCAUUGAGACUGGAGGUUGAGGGAUAAGACAUAAAAAAUGGUGGCUCUUUUCAUGGUUGAUCAUCAGGAGUGUUGAUACGGAUUUCGAAGCAACUUUUUGUGAUUGUAAUUUUUCCAUUUCUCCAUGAGGAUUUGUGUUUAGGAUAUGCAAUUUGCUAAUACCGUUGACCCCCGUUAAUCUGCACGAUACUGCGUUCAUUUUUAAUUUGAACUUCUAGUAACCCUACGACCAUCAGAAAAGUCGACCAUCAGAAAUGUUUUGUUUUGGUUCUGCGUUCGGAACGUUCCAUUUUGAUUUUCUCUGUUCCGUGUGCUAGAUGACGUUUGAGCAGUUUUUAGUUUGCACGGCGUGCAGAUUAGCAGGAUUCAAUCUAAAAAGUGUGCAGAUUAUGAACGGUCAGACUACGGUUUAUUUAACAUUGGAGACCCAAUAACACGUAUUCGCAUAU